AUGGCUUCCUCCAUUCCCAUCCACGCCAUCCAUGCCUACCACUUCAAAGAAAGGCAACUCUUUUCACGUAUGGUAUUCGUCCUCGGAAUGGAACCCAAUGUCUCAAUGGAGAUCAUAGCCUUUUGGCUAUGGCUUGAAGAGAAUGGCCGCAACAACCUCAUUCGAAGCAUCAACUCCUUGGACGAUGUCUCUCUCUUAGAUGUUGUCUCCGUGGGUAAAGCAUUCGUGGAAUCUCUUCAUCUCGGCUCUUUAUCGGGUAACCCCAGGUCUUUUAUUGAAGACGAAGCUAAUCAACAGUUUCGCCGUGCUGCUGUAUCUGGCAUCAACUAUUAUCUUAGCAGUGUUUGCUAUAAGGCUUUAGCAGACAUCUCAAAGAAUGUAGAUGCGGAGUUCAUCCUUCGUAUGCAGAGAGUAGUGAGAGAAAUGAGUCAAGUUCAGUUAGAUGAUUGCAUGAGUGACAAUAGUUAUCUUCAGCGUAUAAAGCCUUUUACCAGCACAAAGAUUUAUCCCCCCUUAUGGGAGGAAACUAGCAGUGGUGACGGAAGAACGAGGGAUGACAACCUUUGUCUGCACAACAAAUGGUUCAACAUUAAUGUUCCAGAAAAUGGAUAUGAGACUCAUCAAGUGUUACGUGAUAGUUGUAGAAGCACCAGAUCAGUGACUCCACAUGUGUUCGACGUUUUGCAGUCACACACCAACCAAGGUAUAAGGAUUGUUGCAGACAAUCUUUUGUUGUGUGAAGAUUCAAUGCCACGUUAUUCUCCUAAGGAGCAUGCAUCGAGUUCAAAUCAUUCCACAUGUUCAAACAUUCCCCACGAUGAGCGAACGCUGUUCGUCACAUUCUCCAAUGGAUAUCCAUUAACUGAAGAAGAACUUCGAGCCUUUUUCAUCAGGCAUUAUGGGGAUGUUGAGAUGGUAUCUGUUCAAGAACCAGUUGAUGGAAAGCCUCCUCUUUAUGGCCAUGUCACGUUCUACUCAUUGGCUACACUGUUACGUGUUCUAAAUGGCAAUGUCAAGGUGAAGUUUAUGACCCAAGGAAAACACCUUUGGGUUCGACGAUUCAUUCCAAAGAAAAAAAAGAAUCAAGGAUGA